AUGCAUCGCUUAUAAGAAAAAAAUAAAUAGAUUGUCGAUGAAAUCAAUUAAAAUGAUAAAGAUUUAGAUAUUUAUGAAGAUUUCGAUAAUAAUAAUGAUUUUUAUUCUAAAGCUGAUGAAAUAAGAGGAAUGCCUAAUUCUUUAUAAGUAAGAAAUUUGAAAUCAAGUCUUUCAGGAAAAAGACCUUUGAGUGGAAAAACAGCAAGCGCUAAGAGUUUUUUUAAAGAAUUUAAAAAAAGUACUAAAUUAAAUGCUUUAGAAAUACCAUACGAGGACCUUUUUGACAGAAACGAGCGUACUAUAGCUGCUACAUUUGCCAAAUUUGGAGAUUUAGGUUAUUAUUCACCUGUUUAAAGAAUCGGGAGUUAUAUGUAAUAUUGUGGAAAGCUUAAAAUAGAGCAUUUAUUAUAGAUUGUAUCUUUAUAAUAGACAUCAACUACUGUAUAAAAGCCUGAAUGUGAAAUUCCUAUACAACUAGCUAUAAUAGAUGAACUGAACCCAUUUCAAAAAAAAGCUAAGACUGGAAUAUCAACUACAUUUACACCAGAAGAUAUGAAAAGAGAGCCUGUUUCUCUUAGUCUUUUUCCUGAAUAUUUUCCUGAAAACGAAGAAAAUGGAUCACCGUAGGAUUCCGCAGACUUGCUUUUUAAUAAAAUGUUAUAAGAAAUGGGAGGAGUCUUCGAUCCGGAAUAUUUAGGAAAAAGUAACUACGUUUAUGUUGAUCCAAGUAAUUGGCCAGAGAAUAUAUUUAGAGUAGUUUAGGAAAGCUCGGCUAGAUAUAUGCAUUAUUUAGAAUCAGAUAUUAUUAAAGCAGACGAAAUUCCGAAGUUUAGGAAAAAAUGGAUGGUUAAUGCUUAUAAAUUGAUUUCUUAAAGUUUAUUAAAUAGAGAAACUGUUUCUAGAGUGUUUUAAGAGAUUUUUUAAAAUUUUAAAUUAGCAAUGAAAAAGGCGAUGUUAGAUUAUAUUUUAUUAUCUCCUUAAGAAAGAUAAAGGUUACAUAUAACUUUAUAUUAGAAAUAAGUUUUGUGUAGUGGCGAAAGAAUAUCUAGAGAAGGUGGUUUUAAUAUAAAAUUGUUUAAAAAUUGGCAUAAUUUUGUCGAAUAAGGUAAGGAAUUUUGUAGAAUAAAUUUAAUAUAAAUGAAUAUUAUAAAUAGUUCUUUAAUUGAUUGGUUUUAAGAUUUUUCGGGUUUUCUGCUUUUUGAAAAUAAUACUUUAUAAAAAAUAAGUAUUCUUGGACAUACCCUUAAUAUUGAUUAGUUUGUGAAAGUAUAAAGCAUGUACAGGACUAAUGUUACUAGUUUAUUGAAAAAUAUUUGGCAUAGAGGCGCUAUUAGUAUUAUUAAGAAAUUUAAAUUCUUUAGACUGGCAAGGGAAACUGAAGAAAACUGGAAAGAAUAAAACGGAUGGAAGCUCUAUACUAAAGAAUAUAAAUAAAAAAUCAUUGAAAAUGUGGGAAUUUAAAUGGGAUUAUAAUUAAGAUUUAUUAUUGAGUAGUCUUUUUUGUCUUUUGAGAAGUUUAUUUUAUCAUUCCCUACUUAUAAAAAAUGGAAGAUUUAAAAUAAGAAAAAUUCGAGUUUUGAACAUCUGAAGAUUAAUGAAGAAAAUUGUAGUGAUGAUGAUGAAGAUGUCAUUGAUCUAAAAAAAAUUAAAGAAUAUAAUAUAAAUCUACCCAAUAUGAAUCUAAAAUCGAAGUCUAGAAUUAAUUUAAUGGUAUCAAAUGUGGCUAUUUAAAACCAUUAAUAGUAAUAUUCAAAGUAAAAUUUAAAUAUUAAAGAGUCUUAGAAUUAAAUUUAAAAUCUCAAUUUUAAUAAAUAAAGCGGAUAAAACAAAGCUAGUCAAUUAAUCAAUGCUAGUCAUGCACAAAUGAAAGAAGAAGGAGGAGAUUAUAAUUCUGGAAAUGUUAAAACUUUAUUAUAGUUAUGUCCAAAAGAUAGCUAAUUAACAUAUAAAAUCCCAGAUUUUAUGAAAGACUAGAAACAUUUUUUCCCUAUAAUGUGUAUUUAAAUGGUACAUGAAGAUGAAUAGAUAAAAUUUAAAGAAACUAAUGAAUAAAUAUAAAGAGAAAUUAAAAAUAUUUUAAAUAAUAUUAUAAAUUCUUUUGAUAAUUUUUUACAUCCGAGACACUGCAAAAUUAAAAUUGAUAAAAAUUAAAAUUAGGAAAAAAGCGUAACGGAAAAUAAAAAUAAUGAAAAUAAUUAGGAAGUAAAAAAUGAAUUUUAAAAACAUGCUUUUUAAAAUUUUAAAAUAUAAGAAUAUGACGGAAUAAAGUAAGAUGAAAUAAAUUCUUAGAAAUUAAUAACUAAUUUAGUUAAGACUUUAUAAAAAAAAAGUAAGUUUUUAUAAAUGGCUAAUUUUAAUGAGCAAUUUUUUACUGAUAUAUGUGCAAAAACUAUGAUCCAUAUUUUAAAACAUUUCGAUGAAUGUCAUUUAGCAUUUUAAGCUUUUGAAUAAUUUAAGCCUUUUAUUGAUAAAUAAGCCGAAAGGGAAUUAAAAUUAAUUAUAAAUAAAAAAUAAAAUAUUUUAAAUGAAGAAUUUAGAUAAUAUUAUUAAAUUUUAAUUAAAUAUGAAAAUUUAAUUAAUUAAAUCCCCGAUAGAAUAAAAUUUCCUUUUUUUGAUGUUAGAUGUGAAGAAGUAAAAAAUUCAAUAAAGAAAAACAUUAAAGAUUUAAACUUCAAAUUAGUGAGUACUUUUGAAGAAAAUCUAAUUAAUGGUUUAAGAAUUAUUACAGAAAAAUAUUCUAAAAUUGCAACUUUUAUUAGAAAAUCAACAAAUACUGCUGAUGAAGUAGAAGAAAUGGAAAAAUUUAUUUCUGAUUUAACUAGUGAUAGAAUAUAAAUAAAAUAAAAAACUAGUUUAUGUUUUCAGAAAGUAGUAUUUUUAUAAAAAUUGAAUAUUAAAGGUAAUUAAAUAAUUCUUGAACUUUCUAAAGAUGUGCAUGAUUGGCCUGAUAAAUUAGAUAAAGAAUUAGCUAUGUAGGAUGAAAAACAUUCUAUUGAAAGACAAAGAUUAGAAGAAAAAUUAAGAGAAAACAGAUAAAUAUUUGAAGAUAGAGUUUCUGUAUAUUGGGAUGAUGUUGAAUAAUUUGAGGCUUUUACAGAAAUAUAUAAAUAUAAAGAAUAUAUAGGUGAAAUUGAGAAAUUCGAAGAAACUCUAGCUGAUGCAAAUAGCUUAAUGGAGGAUAUUUUAGAUUAGGAGAAGAAAUUAUUUGGAAUUAGUUCGAAUUUCGAUAAAUUUGUUAAUUUAUAGAAACGAUUUGAGCCAUAUUCUAAAUUAUGGAAGGCUAUAAGUAUUUUUAGCGAAAAUAAAAAAAAAUGGAUGAAUGGACCAGUUUAAUAAUUAGACUAUUCAGAAUCUGAGUAGAUUGUCAGAGAAUAUUUGAAAGUUUCAAAUAGAAUAGUUAGUUCUUUUAAACCAGAUUCUCUAACUGCGAAAAUUUCAGAAGAUUUUAGGAAUGAAGUUCAUUAAAUUAAUUAAUAUUUGCCAUGCAUGGAAACUAUUUCAAGACCAGGAAUUUAAAAAAGACAUUGGGAUAAAAUAUAAACAAUAUUAAAGUAAACUGAAGAAGAGGAAUUUAAUUAUGAGAAGAUAUCUUUAAAAAUGCUUUUAAAUAAAGGUAUUUUAGAAAAACUCCCUGAAAUAGAAGAAGUAUCAGAAACAGCUUCUAAGGAAUUCGCAUUAGAAAACGCUUUAGAUAAAAUGGAAAAAGAAUGGGAGAAUCUAAACUUUACAGUUCUAAAUUGGAAAAGCAGAGGUGUUUUAAUCCUCUAAGGUUCUUCAGUUGAAGACAUAUAGAUUUUAUUAGACGAUCAUACACUGAAAGCUUAAACUAUAAGGGCUAAUCCUAAUAUUAAAUUCACAGAAUAAAGGGCUAUUAGAUGGGAAAAAUUAAUGCUUUUUAUAUAAAGUGUACUUGAAAAUUGGAUUAAAGUGCAAACUUUUUAUCUUUAUUUGGAACCUAUAUUUAGUUUUGAGGAUAUUAGUAAAACUCUUGUGAGUGAAUCUGAUAAAUUUAAAAUUGUAAACAAAGUGUGGAAGUCUAUUAUGGAGUAAGUUUAAGCUGAUCCUAAAGUAUUAAAUGUAGAAAAAAUACGGAAUUUAGAGGAAAAUCUAUUGACUUGUUUAAAACUUAUUGAAGAAAUAUAAAAAGGAUUAGAAGAACAUUUAGAAUCAAAAAGAUUAGAAUUUCCAAGAUUUUUCUUCCUUUCAAAUGAUGAUCUAUUAAAUAUAUUGGCCGAAACACGAGAUCCUUUAUUAGUAUAACCUCAUAUGAAGAAAUGCUUCGAAGGAAUAUCGGAAUUAAUAUUUAAUAAUAAUGUAGAUAUUGUAGGUAUGAGAAGUAGUGAAAAAGAAGAAAUAUAAUUCUUAGAGAGAAUAUCCCCUAGAAACUUCAAAUCUAAUGUUGAAAAAUGGCUUUUGGAAGUUGAAAAACAAAUGAGACUUUCGAUUGCAAAAGUAAUGGAUGAUUCCUUGCUUGAUUUGACCCAAAAUGACGAAUAAAGGUCUGACUGGGUUCGGAAAUGGCCUGGAUAAAUUGUUUUAGCAAUCUCUUAAUUAAUUUGGACUGAAGAACUUGAAUAAAGUCUUAUAUAGAAUGGUGUUUUAGGAUUAAACGCCUAUUAUAAAGAAUGUGAUUAGAAUCUAGAAGAAAUUGUUACUUUAAUACGACAAAAUUUAAGCUAUUUAUAAACUAUAACUCUAGGUGCACUUAUAGUCAUGUAAGUACAUAAUAGAGAUGUCGUAAAAAGACUGAUAGAUGAGGAAAUUUCUUAAGUUUAAUAAUUUGAAUGGCUUUCAGAAAUGAGAUAUUAUUGGGAUUAUUAAAAUCCUACUUUAUAUGUAAAAAUGAUGUCCAACUCAAUGAAAUAUGGAUACGAAUAUUUGGGAAAUACAGGAAGAUUAGUAAUAACCCCUUUAACUGAUAGAUGUUAUAGAACUUUAAUGAAUGCGCUUUAAUUAAAUUUAGGUGGCGCUCCUGAAGGACCAGCAGGUACUGGUAAAACUGAAAGUGUUAAAGAUUUAGCGAAAGCUCUAGCUAUGUAAUGUAUUGUAUUUAAUUGUUCUGAGGGCUUAAAUAUAUAUGCAAUGGCUAAAUUUUUUAAAGGAUUAAUCGCUACAGGUGCUUGGAGUUGUUUCGAUGAAUUCAAUAGAAUAGAUUUGGAAGUACUUUCAGUUAUCGCUUAAUAGAUUUUAUAGAUUUAGUAGGCUAAGAAGGAAAAUAAGACUGAAAUUUCUUUUGAAGGGACUGAUGGUUUGGUUUUGAAAAAUACUUGCAAUGUUUUUAUUACUAUGAAUCCCGGGUAUGCUGGACGAUCCGAAUUACCUGAUAAUUUAAAGGCACUUUUUAGACCUGUGGCUAUGAUGGUUCCUGAUUAUUCUCUUAUUGCUGAAAUUUCAUUAUAUUCAUAUGGGUUUGUCGACGCAAGAAAUUAGGCGAGGAAAAUAGUCGCUGUUUAUAAAUUAUGUAGUGAGCUUUUAAGUAGUUAAGACCAUUAUGAUUAUGGAAUGAGGGCUGUAAAGGCAGUUUUGACUGCCGCAUCGGCUUUAAAGAGAAAAUAUGCGAAUGAAAAGGAAGAAGUUCUUGUUUUAAGGUCUAUUACUGAUGUUAAUUUGCCAAAAUUCUUAACUUAAGAUAUUGAUUUAUUUAAAAAUAUUACAAGUGAUCUUUUCCCGAGCGUCAAAUUACCUAACCCUGAUUAUUAAAUAUUAAAUUAGUCUAUAACAACAGUAAUGACACAAUAAAACUUAUAAAAUAACGUUAAUUUUAGAAAGAAAAUACUUCAGUUAUAUGAAGUAAUUAAUACUAGGCAUGGCUUAAUGAUUGUCGGAUAGCCUUUUUCUGGAAAAUCUACUUGUUAUAAACUACUUGCAAAUUCAAUGACUUUCGCGAAUAAAAAAUUGGGUUCAAAUGAAGAAUUACCGACUAACUAUUAUAUUAUAAAUCCUAAAUCUAUAUCCAUAAAUAAUCUCUAUGGUUUUUCGGAUCCGAUUUCCAAAGAAUGGACAGAAGGUAUAUUAGCUGAGGUAUAUAGAAAAUGUGCUACUGCCAAUGUUCCAGAUAGAUAAAUUAUUGUCUUUGAUGGUCCUGUCGAUGCUGAUUGGAUUGAAAAUAUGAAUACUGUACUCGAUGAUAAUAAAAAAUUAUGUCUUAUGAGUGGAGAAACUAUUGCUAUGUCAAACUCUAUGACUAUGAUGUUUGAAGUUGCAGAUCUUAAUUAAGCUUCACCUGCUACUGUUUCUAGAUGCGGAAUGGUAUAUAUGUAACCUGAUUAAUUAGGUUGGUGGCCUUUAGUAUAUUCUUGGUAGAAUACAUUUUAAGAAGUAUUAGAUAAUUCUAUCAUUAAACAUAUAGAAGAGUUGUUUGAUGCUCUUGUUGGCUAAUGUAUUUAAUUUAUUAAAACUAGAUGUAAAGAAUAUUAGAGUGUACCUGAAGGUACUAUAGUUGUUGGCUUAAUGAGAUUAAUGAAGUCUAUAAUGUAAAAAAGAAGUAUUCUUGAUAGAGAAUUCUAAGCAAAAACUAAACCAGAGAAUUUAUAAACUUAUAUUGAUAUGAUUUUUAUUUAUAGUUUAAUAUGGAGUGUUGGGGCUACUGUAGAUGAUAAAGGGAGAACCGAUUUUGAUAGAUACUUAAAAUAAUAGAUGAAGAAUCCUAUUAAAUGUGAUACUAAAAAAGAUAGAUUGAUUAAAUUUGAAAAGUAAACAAUGUUCCCUGAAGCAGGGCCUCAUGUAUUAGUUUAUGAUUAUUAAAUAGACGAGAGGGAAUUUAAAUGGAGAAGUUAUUAAUAUUUAAUUGAAAAUUCAACUGAAACUAUUCCUUAUGAUGAAAGUUUUCAUAAUAUAGUAAUUAAAACUACCGAAUCUUUAAGGAUGACUGAACUUUUGCAUAUUUCAUUGAAUAACUAGUACCCUUUUAUAGUUAUAGGGUUAACUGGGACAGGAAAAACAUCUUAUAUAAGCAAAUAUUUGAAGUCUUUAUCUUAGAAAAGUUUUCUUCUUAUUAAUGUGAAUUUUAGUGCUUAAACUUCCUCAGAGAAAACUUAAAUGAUAAUCGAUAGUAAACUAGAUAAAAGAAGAAAGGGAAUUUUCGGACCGAAAUUCGGAGUUUAGUGUCAUAUUUUUGUUGAUGAUUUUAAUAUGCCGUCUUUGGAUAAAUAUGGGGCAUAACCUCCGAUUGAAUUAAUAAGGUAGUUUUUAGAUUAGAAGGGAUGGUAUGGAAAAGAUAGGAGAAUGAUAGAAAUUAUCGAUACGACAGUUGUAGCGGCUAUGGGACCUCCAGGAGGUGGAAGAAAUAUGAUUAGUUCAAGAUGUUUGAGACAUUUUAAUGUUUUUUGUAGCGUAGAAUCUAAUUAGGUUCAAAUGGAAAAUAUAUUCAAUUAACUUAUGAUUUGGCAUUUGAAUAAGAUCUCAAUUUCUGAUGAAAAUUAAAUUAAAACUUUUAAGUAUUGUAUAGUGGCAACGGUUGAUAUGUAUAUUUAAAUUAGUAAUAAUCUUAAGCCAACACCGGCUAAGUCUCAUUAUUUGUUUAAUUUGAGAGAUGUUAGUAGAGUUGUGUAGGGUCUAUAGUUGAUUUAAAAAUAAUAAAUUACAGAUGAUAAAAAAAUUGUUAGAUUAUGGAUAAAUGAAAUAAGUAGAGUUUUCUUUGACAGACUCAUUUCUGAUUAAGAUUAAUUAUGGUUUUAUAAUACUUUAGUUAGUACAGUAAGAAAUAAAGUAACAGAAGACAUAAAAAUGCUACUUAAAGGACUCUAUGAUAAUGUUAAAAUGAACAUACUAACACCAGAUCCUAUUAGAGUAAUUAGAUUUGGUGAAAUAUUAGGAGAUAUAGAUUCUGAAAGACCAUAUGAUGAAAUGAUUGAUAUGGAUAAAAUAUUUGCUCGUAUCGAAUAUUUUUUAGAAGAUUAUAAUUAAAAUAACAAAAGACCUAUGUAAUUAGUACUUUUUGAAUUCGCAAUUUGUCAUAUAAUAAAUAUUUGCAGAAUUCUUCGAUUAUAAGGAGGACAUGGUCUAUUAAUAGGUUUAGGUGGUUCCGGUAGGCAAUCAUUAACUUAUUUAUCAUCUCAUAUUAGAUAACUACAUACUAUGUAAUUAGAAAUGACAAAAAGUUACGGUAAGGAACAAUGGAAUGAAGAUAUUAGAAGACUAAUGAUUUAGUCAGGCGCUGAUUAAAAAGAGUCGGUUUUUAUUAUAAAUGACAGUCAGGCUUAAAAGCCUUUUGUUUUGGAAGAGUUAAAUAAUUUGUUGAAUUCUGCAGAUAUUCCGAAUAUGUUUUCUUAAGAAGACUUUAUUCCUUUAAUUGAUAAACUUAGAUAAAAUGCGAAAAAAGAAAACAAAAUAAAACUUAUAGAAUAAGGAACUAAUUCUUAAUUUUAUGACUAUUUUAUUUCAUGUGUAAAAAAAAAACUACAUAUAAUCUUAAUGUAGAGUCCUAUAGGCGAUACUUUACGUAAUAGAAUUCGAAACUUUCCCAAUAUAGUAAACUGUACGACUAUUAUUUAAUAUAAAUAAUGGCCAGAAGAAGCUUUAGAGGCUGUUGCACAUAAAUUAAUUGCCGAAAUGUACUUAGAUGGUGCAUAAUCAAGAAAAUUGGUCAAUAUUUCCAAAAAGAUGCACCUUUCAGCAAUUGACCUUUCCCAAGAAUACUAUAGAGAAGAAAAAAGAAUAAAUUAUAUAACUCCCAGUUCUUAUUUGGAGCUUUUGAGUAAUUUAAAAAGUCUUUUAUAGAUUCAACAUAAGAAAUUGGAAGAAAAUAAAAACGUGUACUAGAAUGGGGUCUAUAAAUUAAUUACUACGUCCGAAUAGGUGAAAAGAAUGGAAGAGGAAUUGACUGAAAAAAAGCCUGUUUUGAUUCAAAUGAACGAAGAAACAGAAAUUAUAGCCCUAGAAAUACAAAGAAAAGCAAAAGAAAUAGAGCCCAUGAGGUAAGAAGUGGAACAAUAAGAAGCCGAAGUAGAUAAAAACGUCCAAGAGGCCUAAUUUAUAAAAGAGGAAUGUGAAAGAGACCUAUCUCAGGCUAAACCUUAGUUAAAAAAAGCCGAAGAAGCUUUAAAUACACUAGACCCUAAUGACAUAAAUAAAAUGAAAGCAAUGCUAAAACCUCCAGAAACAGUCCAAUUGGUAAUGGAAGCAGUUUGUGUAUUAAAUGGAAUACCUCCCCUUCCUAUCCCUAAUCCUAAAUAUCCGAAAGAAAGGAUUAUGAGUUAUUGGGAGGCUUCUAAAAAGUUCCUUUCGGACAAGCAUUUCCUUUAGAUUUUAAAGGAAUAUAAUAAGGAUAAUAUAGAUGAAAGUAUAAUGAAAAAAGUCAGGGAUAAAUAUAUUUCUUAAACUAAGCUUUUCAACCCAAAAAGAGUCGAAUAAGCAUCUUCGGCUGCGAAAGGGCUUUGUGAAUGGAUUCUGGCUUUGUCGGAAUAUGAAAAAGUAUUGCAGAUUGUAAGGCCUAAAUAAUAGAGGUAUCAUGAGAGUAAUGUUAAGGUUAGAAAAUUGUAGGAAGAUCUUAAGGUUAUAAGGGAUAAUUUAGCUGAACAUAAUAAUAAAAUAAACGCUUUGUAGUAAGAAUUUGAUAAAAUUUGUAAGAAAUAAAAGCAGCUAUAGAAUGAUAUUGUGGAUUGUGAAAGGAAAUUAGAAAGAGCCAGUUCGCUUAUUGGAGGGUUGGGCGGAGAAUAGGAAAGAUGGAAGAAUACAGCAGAUAAAUUGGAGUAGUAUUUGCUGUUUGUAGUCGGUGAUGUGACUGUUUCGACUGGAAUUAUAUCUUAUUUAGGACCUUUUAGUUAACUUUAUAGAAGCAAAUAAGUCAAAGAAUGGGUUGAAUAUGCGAAAAGUUAGCAUAUUUAAGUUUCUGAACAUUAUUCGUUAGAAAAUACACUAGGUGAGCCUAUUAUUAUAAGAAAAUGGAAUAUGAAUUAUUUACCAUCAGACUCUUUUUCUCGAGAAAAUGGUAUUAUUGCAUAUAAUAGUAGAAGAUGGCCACUUUUCAUAGACCCUUAAAUGCAGGGUAAUAGAUGGAUAAGAAAAAACGAAAUGGAUAACAAAGUCACAGUGGUUAAAUAGACAGACUCUUCCUUUGUGAGAAUUUUAGAAAGUUCAAUAUAAUUCGGACAAUGCCUAAUUGUGGAAAAUUUAAAAGAGGAAAUAGAUCCGAUUAUGGACCCUUUGUUAGCUAAAUAGACUUUUAAAAAUGCAGGAGUUUUAAGUAUUAAAGUAGGGGACAAUAUAAUCGAUUAUUCGAAAAAUUUUAAACUAUUUUUAACAAGUAAAUUAAGAAAUCCGCAUUUUACACCAGAAAUAUCCACUAAGGUUACACUUAUAAAUUUUACAAUUACUAAAGAAGGAUUAGAAGAUUAGCUUUUAGAAAUUUGUAUUUAAAAAGAAAACCCACAUGAUGAAAAUUAAAGAAUUCAACUUAUAGUUUAAAAUCAUAAAUAUUAAUAAUAACUUGAAGAUAUAGAAAAAUAAAUUCUUGAAGUAUUAAACAAAGCUGAUAAUAUAUUAGAUGACGAAUAAGGAGUUUAGAUUUUAUAAUAAUCAAAAUAAGUUUCUAAUGAUAUUAUUGAAAGAUAAGAAGAAGCAAAAGUAACUGAAUAGCGUUUAGAAUAAUCUAGAUAAGAAUAUAGGCCUAUAGCGAAUCACAGUACAGUAUUAUUUUUUUCUAUAAUGGAUAUGGCAGUGUAAGAUUAAAUGUAUUAAUAUUCUUUAAGUUGGUUUAUUAAUUUAUAUUUGGAUGCCUUUGAUAAAGCAGAGAAAAUAAAAACUUAAAUUGCAUCAGAAAGGGUUUCUAUAGUUUCUUAAUAUUUAACUUAUUCUAUUUAUUCUAAUGUAUGUAGAUCUCUUUUUGAAAAAGAUAAACUUUUAUUUAGUUUUCUAUUAUUAAUUAGAAUUUAAGAAAAUAAAAAACAUAUAGAUAAAUAAGAAUUAUGUUUUUUAAUUUAACCUAUAGAUAUUUCGUUCGAUAGUCAAAAAAAAUAAGAUAUAGAGGUAAAUAUAGCUAAAUCGUUUCUUCCAUAAAACAAUUGGCUAAAAAUUAUAGCGCUUUCGAAAAUUUCAUAAAGAUUUAAGCCAAUUGUAUAAUCUUUUGCAGAAAAUAUAGACAUUUGGAAAAAUAUAUAUUAUGAUUCAGAAGCUCAUUAAGCUAAAUUUCCUGGAAGUUUCUAAAAUUGUACAUAAAUAUAAAGAUUAUGUAUACUAAAAGCUUAUAGACCAGAUAGAAUUACUUUAGCUAUAUAAGAUUUUAUAAGAUAAGAAUUUGGAGAUAAAUUUACCAAUCCACCACCUUUUAAUCUAUAAUUAAGUUUUAAUGAUUCAAAUUGUUCAUAGCCCUUAGUUUUUAUAUUACCAGGAACAGAUCCUAUGUCAUCGUUAAUUAAUUUUGCUUAAUAAAAAAAUAAAUCUUUAAAAGCUAUUUCACUUGGUUAAGGAUAAGGCAUUCAUGCUGAAAAAGCAAUUGAAGAUGCAUAAAAACAAGGAUCUUGGGUUAUUUUGUAAAAUUGCCAUUUAUGUCCGAGUUGGAUGCCUAAAUUAGAAAAAAUUUGCGAAGAUAUGUAAAAUUAAGGAUAAUCUAAAGAAAAAAUAAAUGUUUAAUUCAGAUUAUGGCUUUCUAGUUAUCCAAGUUCUGAUUUUCCUGUGUCUAUUUUAUAAAAUAGUGUUAAAAUGACAAAUGAACCCCCUAAAGGUGUUAAAUCUAAUAUGCUUGUUUCUUAUAUGAGUGAUUAAAUACAAGAUCCUAAUUUCUUUGAAAAUCAUCCUAAACCAAAAUAAUUUAAAACCUUAUUAUAUGGUCUAUGUUUUUUUCAUGCUGUUAUUUAAGAAAGAAGAACAUAUGGACCUUUAGGAUGGAACAUAUUUUAUGAUUUUAAUUAGUCAGACUUAAGAAUUAGUGCUAAAUAAUUAUAUAUUCUUAUUGAAGAAUAUGAUUAGGUACCUUAUAAAGCUUUACAUUAUAUGGUCGGGGAAUGUAAUUAUGGUGGAAGAGUUACUGAUGAUAGAGAUAGAAGAAUUUUACAUGCUUUAAUGAAAGAUUACUUUUCUUCUAAUUUAUUUGAAAAUAAUUUUGAUUUUGCUAAUGAUAAAAAUUAUUAAUUACCCUAAGUAGGCUCACAUAAUGAUUAUACUUAAUUUAUAGAAGAAGAACUUCCUUUAAAUUAAAGGCCUAGUAUUUUCGGUUUUCAUGAAAAUGGUAUGAUAGUUAAAGAUUUAAAAGAAACUGACGAAAUUUGCAAUUCUUUAUUAUUAAUGAUGGGCGGUAGUUCUAUGAUGUCAUCUGAUUCAGAUUAAGAUGCUUAAUUAAAAGCUAUUUGUUAAGAUAUUCUUUAAAAAAUGCCUAAAAAAUUCGAUUUAGAGUUAGUUUUGGCUAAAUAUCCUACUUAAUAUUAAAAUUCUUUGAACACUGUACUAUAAUAGGAAAUAAUAAGAUACAAUAAUUUAAUACAAGCUAUAUCUUCAUCUCUAAAAGAAAUAGAAAAUGCUUUAAAAGGCAUAGUUGUAUUAUCUUCUUAAUUAGAAAAAUUAUGCAAUUCUCUAUUAAAAGGACUAGUUCCUGAUAUGUGGAAGAAAUACUCAUAUCCGUCAUUAAAGCCUUUGGGUGCAUACGUAAGCGAUUUAAUAAAAAGACUGAAAUAUUACCAAAACUGGAUCGAUAAUGAUGUCCCUAAAUGCCAUUGGAUUUCCGGUUUUUAUUUUACUUAGACUUUUUUGACUGCUACUUUAUAAAAUUAUGCUAGAAAAUAUACUAUUCCAAUUGAUAAUUUAACUUUCGAGUUCUAAUUUUAUUCAGAACCGGGAGAUAAUCCAGAUGAUGUUGCCAAAUUUAUUAAUAUUUAAGAUGGAAAUUUAAUGUAUGGGCUUUAUUUAGAAGGAUGUAAAUGGGAUUAUGAAAAUAAGAUUUUAAAUGAAAGUGAUCCGAAAAUACUAUUCGUUUAAACUCCUAUAAUAUGGCUUAAACCAGCCAAAAUUAAUGAAGUUAAAGAAUUUAAUGUAUAUAAAUGUCCUGUUUAUAAAACUUCGGAAAGAAAAGGAACACUUUCGACUACAGGGCAUUCCACUAAUUUUAUUAUGAAUAUUGAAAUGCCGAGUAUUGUAGAUUAAUCUGUUUGGGUUAAAAGAGGAGUAGCUAUGCUUUGUUAAUUAAAUGAUUGA